AUGCCCUCCCCUCUAGUUGAUGAGCAUAAUAUAGAAUUGGAUGAUUUUGCUGCACAAGAAGAAGUUGGCGAGGAUGAGUGUGUUAGAGACAAAGCUAUGGACGUUGAUUCUGCUACAUGUGGGACAUCAGAUAAGAAGAAAGUUCGAGGUCAAACAAAAUGUAAGAUGAUUCAUGCAAGAAACUUUGAGGAAAGACAAGAAGUGACAUUUAAUAAAGGACAAGCUGUUGGACCAACCAACAAAAGAGUGUCUGAGUUAAGAAACUUUAUAGGAACAAUUAUCACGAAUCCCAGAUUUAUCACCUUGUUGUUCACUAGCUGGCAUGCUGUCACUGAUGAUAUUAAACAACGAAUAUGGGAAUAUGUCAAUACCAAGUUUAUCAUUCCAGCAGAAGGAAAGAAAUGGGUGAUGAAUGGUCUUCGCGAUUCUUGGAGGCGACACAAGAGAAUUAUUAAGAAGAAUCAUUUUGAUGGGUAUCAUAAUAUUGAAGAUAUGCUAAAACAACGUCCCGCUGAGAUAUCAGAAGUUCAAUUCCUCCAAUUGAUUGAGUAUUGGAGGAAUUUAGAUGUUCAAGCCAUGUGCAAAUUAAAUUCUGAAAAUAGAAAAAAACAAAAGUGGAGGCAUCGGAUGGGACCUAUUAAUUUUGCCAGACGUGCAAGUAAAGAGAACAACAAGGAACCAUCUAAGUCUGAAAUGUUUAUUGCAACUCGUACAAAACAAGAGAAGCAAGUUCAUGCAGAUGCUCAAAUUGCAAUAAAAUGUCAAAACUCUGGGGAAACAUCGGAUGAAGCAUUUAGAGUAGUGUUUGGAAAGGAGCAGCCUGGUCGAAUACGAUGCUAUAGCAGAUCAGUGACAACAAGUUCUCUGAAAAAAGAUGAGGAAAUCAAUAAGAUCCAACAAAAGCAUAACAAUGAAGUCUCUACUUUGAAAGCAGGAAUACAAGAAAUGAUAGAAGAAAUGCAUGAAUUAAGGCAAAUGCGUCAUUGCUUUAAUCUAUUGGUGCAAAACAAUCCUAUACUUUUUAGUUCAGAUAUACAAGGAUUUGUUGGAUCUAACCAACCUUCUUCAGUUGAUGCAAGUAGCGCACAAGCUGUAAAGGGCCAAAAUCUCUCAUAUUCCUCUGGAUCAAUCCGUGGUCCAAUUCUUCAAAAGGAGAAAGUGGGUGAUGCAAUUGGAAAUGGUGGCGGAAAGUCAAUUUGA